UCCUUCCUGGCUCUUUGCAGAAGGACCGGGUAGCACCGGGGAGGCCGGACAGGAGCAGCUCGGCCCAGGCUGCCCCCUCAGAUUCCAGGUUCCGGGCCAUGCCCAGGGAGCCUCUCCACUGAGCCACAGCCGCCCUCCUCCAGACCCGCCCCGGAGUCCAACCCGAGGCCUGGUCCCGGCUAACCCGGCCCAACAUGGAGGCCAAAGGGAGACCCACCGGCGGCCCCAAGGCCGAGCCCAAGCCCCCGGCGGCUCCCGCGGCCGCCCCGGCCAAGGCCGACAAGAAGGAGGCUCCGGAAAAGCGGGAGCAGCCGCCCACGCCCCCGGCGCCCCCCAAGAAGGCCCAGGCGCCGGCUGACCCGGCUCUGCUCAACAGCCACAGCAACCUGAAGCCCAGCCCGGGAGCCGCUCCGGCCCCCAGUGCCCCGGCCAGCUCGGAGCCCAAGGGCCCCGGGGACGGGGCCGAGGAAGAGGGGGCCGCCGCGGCCCCCGGGGGCCCCGGCACCUUUGAGAACCUGAAGCCACUGCUCGUGGCCGGCGGCGUGGCCGUGGCCGCCCUGGCAGUGAUUCUGGGGGUGGCUUUCUUGGCUCGGAAAAAAUAGUGGUGCCAGGGGUGGGGGGGGAGGGGCCUCCUGUGGGGCUCCCUCGGAGAUCAGUGCAUGCGCGGGAGAGUCUAUUGUAACUAGCACCUAUCCAUGUUAUCUAUGUACCCACACACAUAUGUAGAUGUCCACACGCACACGUAUAUCCUGAGGGAGGCGGAGAGGCAGGCGUGGCUGCCCUGCGGAGGUGACCGAAUCAGGCCCCCAUCCCAGGCCGGACCUGCCUCGGUUUAUCCCCCGGCCUUGUGGGAAGGACGGGCCGGAGGGAAGAAGAGAGGAGGCAGGGCCUGGGCUGCACCCUGCCCGAGUGAUGGCUGCCCGAGGGAUGACAACAGGCGCGAAGAGCCCUGCCCGCCCCAGGUGUUGUGGGCACAGCCGAGCUGGGUGCGUGUGAGUGCGCGAGUGUGUCUGUGUGCGCGCACGGGCUGCCCUACCCCGGAGAAGCCUCCAUGGCCACCAGCCCUGGAGCUGCCCUCUGUCCGCGGCCCCCUCCAGGUCUUGGGGGGGGCCCUGGGCCCAGCCCCCCCCAAGCCCUUUCCCUCCACAGCAGAGCCUCGGGGUGCGCGAAAGGCCCGGCCGGCUUCUCUGAGGUGGGAGAGACUAAAGAGGGCGCCCCCCCCCUCCCAGCUGGUGGGCGGGGCUGGUCAGGGGAGAGCAGGAGGGGAAGGAGGGGAAGAGGAGACGCCCCGCCCCCUUCAGCCCAGGGAGGGUCUGUCCCCUCAGCUGGUCCCUCCCGCCGCUUCCCCGGCCGGGGCGGCAGCGCCUGCGGAGAGCCCCUCCCCCCGCCCGGGAGCCCCUGUUGGCGCGGAGCGGGGGCGGGGCCAGGAGACCAGGAGGCAUCCGCCCCGCCCCCUCCCCUCUCCGCGGGUCCGAGGGGGCGGGGCCUCUGUACCUCGGACAGCGCCCGCCCGGGAGGGAGGAGGCGGCCUCCCAGCUCCGGCCCCGCCCCC